UAUCCCUGUCGGGGGAAGGAGGAGCUGGCCGGGGCGGACAGAGGAGGACACACCACUGACUGUUGCCUCAGGAGGAUGUCUUUAAAUGUUCCUGCUUCCAGCUUUGGCAGUCAUCUGGAUAUUAAUAUUACUAUGGAUAAAUAAAACCACAACAGCAAUGAUGCCUGGGACAAAUAAGAAAUCAGAUGAGGAGGACGUCUUCACUGCAUUGAGGAGCUCCCUUUCAGGCCAACGUUCGAUAUCUGCUCCCAAAUCCAAAUCCAGCAGUGAGUCUGCAGAUGUUUCAGCCAAAAGAGCAGUACGGGAUCCUCUGCAGGCCUCCCAUAAGGUAAAUUCAGGGCAGCCGCUGCAGACCACCCAGGAACCCGCAAGAACCGUCAGACCGAUGCUGAGCCCAAGGGCUAGAGAGCGUCUGAAGUUCUUCCUCGGAGCAUCCGAGGAUAAUUCCUCAGAUGACGAAGUUCUGGUGACAAAACCUCCAAGUGGUGCAUAUCAACCUGCGGCUUCUGCUCCAAAAUCUGCCGCUGAGUUGGCGCCUGCUGAUGUGUUACCGCCCAGCUCUUCAGUGCUGAAGCCUAGCAUGUCUGGUCCUCACUUGGUGAAAAAAGGACGUGAACACAGAAAGAUGGAUCUCCAGAGGGAUUUUACGGUGGCCUCUCCUGCUGAGUUUGUCACUCGUUUCGGUGGCAACAGGGUCAUAGAGAAGGUGUUGAUCGCCAACAAUGGCAUUGCAGCAGUCAAAUGCAUGCGUUCUAUCCGUCGCUGGUCCUAUGAGAUGUUUCGUAACGAGAGGAUCAUCCGUUUCGUGGUCAUGGUCACUCCUGAAGACUUGAAGGCUAACGCAGAAUACAUAAAAAUGGCUGACCAUUAUGUGCCUGUGCCCGGUGGUACCAACAAUAACAACUACGCCAACGUAGAGCUGAUUGUCGACGUUGCAAAAAGAAUCCCAGUGCAGGCUGUGUGGGCCGGCUGGGGUCAUGCAUCUGAAAACCCAAAGCUACCUGAACUCCUGAACAAAUCAGGGAUAACAUUCUUGGGUCCAUCCAGUAAAGCCAUGUGGGCUCUUGGGGAUAAGGUGGCUUCGUCCAUUGUUGCCCAGAGCGCUGACAUUCCUACACUUCCAUGGAGCGGAUCAGGUCUGAGAGUGGAGUGGACGGAAGAGUACCAAAGACAGGGAUAUGUAGUCAGCGUUCCUCCAGAGGUCUAUAAAGAGGGCUGUGUUCAUGAUGUAGAUGAUGGUCUGGCAGAAGCUGAAAAAAUAGGUUAUCCAGUCGUUAUCAAGGCCUCUGAGGGUGGAGGUGGAAAAGGCAUCCGAAAAGUUGAAAAUUCAGAUGAAUUUUCAAGUUUCUUCAGACAGGUGCAGACAGAGGUUCCAGGAUCACCCAUUUUUAUCAUGCAACUGGCUCAGCAUGCAAGGCACCUGGAGGUGCAGAUACUGGCAGAUGAGUACGGAAAUGCAAUCUCCCUGUUUGGACGGGAUUGCUCCAUCCAGAGGAGGCACCAGAAGAUCAUAGAAGAGGCUCCCGCCACCAUUGCUCCCGCUUCAACCUUAGAGCAAAUGGAGCGGCAUGCAGUGCGGAUGGCCAAGAUGGUGGGCUAUGUCAGUGCCGGAACUGUGGAGUAUCUCUACUCAGAAGACGGCAGCUUCCACUUUUUGGAGCUGAAUCCUCGCUUGCAGGUGGAACAUCCGUGCACGGAGAUGAUCGGAGAUGUAAACUUGCCAGCUGCCCAACUUCAGAUUGCGAUGGGCAUCCCUCUGCACAGAAUUAAGGAUAUCCGAGUGCUUUAUGGGGAAAGUCCGUGGGGUGACUCCAUCAUCAACUUUGAAACUCCAGACUGCAUUCCUAAUCCAAGAGGGCACGUUAUUGCAGCCCGCAUCACCAGCGAGAAUCCAGACGAGGGGUUCAAGCCCAGCUCUGGGACUGUGCAGGAGCUGAACUUCCGCAGCAGUAAAAACGUCUGGGGUUAUUUCAGUGUGGGAGCCGCUGGUGGCCUCCACGAAUUUGCAGAUUCCCAGUUUGGACACUGUUUUUCGUGGGGAGAGAACCGAGAAGAAGCCAUCUCAAACAUGGUGGUAGCGAUGAAGGAGCUGUCCAUCAGAGGAGACUUUAGGACUACAGUGGAAUACCUCAUCAAGCUUCUGGAGACUGAAAGCUUCAGAAACAAUGACAUCGACACUGGCUGGUUGGAUCACCUCAUUGCAGAGAAAGUGCAGGCAGAGAGACCAGACACCAUGCUGGGCAUCGUUUGUGGAGCUCUGCAUGUUGCUGAUUUCAGCUUCAGAAAGAGCAUGUCAGACUUCCUGCAUUCCCUAGAAAGAGGCCAGGUGCUGGCAGCAGACAGCCUGCUCAACUCUGUCAACGUCGACCUGAUAUAUGAAGGAGUCAAGUACUGUUUGAAGGUGGCUCGCCAAUCCCAGACAACUUACGUCAUCAUCAUGAACGGCUCGGACAUUGAAAUAGACGUUCACAGAUUGAAUGACGGGGGUCUUCUGCUGUGUUACAAUGGCAACAGCCACACCACAUACAUGAAGGAGGAAGUAGACAGCUACCGCGUCACUGUCGGCAACAAGACUUGUGUGUUUGAGAAGGAGAGGGAUCCCACAGUGCUGAGGUCUCCCUCUGCUGGUAAACUGCUGCAGUACACAGUGGAGGAUGGAGAUCAUAUUUCUGCAGGAGAAACUUACGCAGAGAUUGAGGUGAUGAAGAUGGUGAUGACUCUGACUGUGCUGCAGUCUGGUUGUAUACACUUUGUCAAGAGGCCAGGGGCGGUUCUGGAGCCCGGUUGUGUCACGGCGCGUAUGGAGCUGGACGACCCCAGCAGUAUACACAAGGUGGAGCUCAACACAGCCACUCUGCCACCCCAGCAGCCGCUGCCUAUGGUUGGGGAAAAGCUUCAUCAGGUGUUCCACAAUGUGCUCGAAAAUCUGGUCAGAGUGAUGGACGGGUAUUGCCUCGAAGAGCCUUACUUCAGCACAAAACUGAAAGAAUGGGUCGCGACCCUGAUGAAGACCCUAAGGGAUCCGUCUCUUCCACUGCUGGAACUUCAGGAGAUCAUGACCAGCGUGGCCAGCCGUAUUCCCCCUACUGUGGAGAAGGACAUCCGGAAGAUCAUGGCUCAGUAUGCGAGCAACAUCACCUCUGUCCUCUGCCAGUUCCCCAGUCAAAAGAUUGCUAACAUUUUAGACAGCCAUGCAGCCACGUUGCAGAGGAAGGCUGACCGGGAGGUUUUCUUCAUGAACACUCAAAGUAUUGUUCAGCUGGUGCAGAGAUAUCGCAGUGGAACCCGUGGUUACAUGAAAUCUGUGGUUCUUGAUCUGCUGAAGCGGUACCUGCAGGUUGAGAUGCAGUUCCAGCAAGCUCACUAUGAUAAGUGUGUGAUCAACUUGAGAGAGAAGCACAAACCCGACAUGAGUCCUGUGCUUGACUACAUCUUUUCUCACGCUCAGGUGUUCAAGAAAAACAUCCUGGUGACGAUGCUCAUUGACCAGCUGUGUGGACGUGACGCCACCCUUGCAGAUGAGCUCAUGGCUAUUCUAAAUGAAUUCACACAGCUGAGCAAGAUGGAAAAUUCAAAGGUCGCACUGAGAGCCAGACAGGUGUUGAUUGCCUCCCAUAUGCCAUCCUAUGAAUUGAGACACAACCAGGUGGAGUCCAUCUUCCUGUCAGCUAUUGAUAUGUAUGGCCACCAGUUUUGCCCAGAAAACUUGAAGAAACUUAUUCUCUCCGAAACCUCAAUUUUUGACGUCUUGCCCAACUUCUUCUAUCACACAAACCAAGUUGUGUGCAUGGCUGCUUUGGAGGUGUAUGUUCGCAGAGCAUACAUCGCCUAUGAGCUGAAUAGCAUCCAGCAUCACCAGCUGCUGGACGGAACGUGUGCCGUGGACUUCCAGUUCAUGUUGCCAUCAUCACAUCCAAACAGAGGGAGCAGCCCUACUCUGAACAGGCUUCCUGUGGCAGCAGGCGGAUUGGGCCAGUUUAAGGUUCAACGGCAGAGCAGUGAGCUGCUAAUGGAUGGAGCCUUUUCUCCACCUUGCCAAAGAAUGGGAGCUAUGGUGGCUUUCCAGUGCUUUGACGACUUCAAAAGGAAUUUUGAUGAAGUUCUGUCGAGUUUUGCUGAACAGCUCGUGGAGGGCGCUUCGUUCUUAGAGUCCUGCUCUAGUUUCUACGAGGAGGAGAACAUGAAGAACAACAGGGAGAACCCCAUCCACAUCAUUAAUGUGUCGAUAAGAACAGCAGACACCGAGGACGACGACGCCUUGGUGAAAGCCUUCACUGCCUUCGCUCAGUCAAAGAAAGCCAUUCUUUUUGAGUAUGGGAUCAGGAGAAUGACCUUUUUGAUUACUCAGAAGAGAGAAUUUCCAAAGUUCUUCACAUUCAGAGCCCGAGAUGAGUUCCAGGAGGACCGAAUUUACAGAAAUCUGGAGCCAGCUUUGGCGUUUCAGCUGGAGCUCAACCGAAUGAGGAACUUUGACCUGACAGCAGUUCCCUGCGCCAACAAGAAGAUGCACCUGUACCUGGGAGCGGCUCGGGUCCAAGAGGGCGCUGAAGUGACGGACUACCGUUUCUUCAUCCGGGCAAUUAUGCGCCACUCAGAUCUCAUUACAAAAGAAGCUUCAUUUGAGUACCUUCAAAAUGAAGGGGAGCGGCUCCUGCUGGAGGCCAUGGAUGAGUUGGAGGUUGCCUUCAAUUACACCAGCGUUCGCACAGAUUGCAAUCACAUCUUCCUUAACUUUGUCCCCACUGUCAUCAUGGACCCAUCUAAAAUUGAGGAGUCUGUUCGCUCCAUGGUGAUGCGCUACGGCAGUCGUCUUUGGAAACUGCGGGUCUUGCAGGCUGAGCUGAAGAUCAACAUUCGCCUGACACCAACUGGAAAUGCCAUUCCUAUCCGCCUGUUUCUCACUAAUGAAUCAGGCUAUUAUUUGGACAUCAGCCUGUAUAAAGAAGUCACAGAACCAAGCUCUCGACAGAUCAUGUUUCAGUCUUAUGGAGACAAGCAGGGUCCGCUGCACGGCAUGCUGAUCAACACUCCUUAUGUGACCAAAGACCUGCUGCAAGCCAAGCGCUUCCAGGCUCAAACCCUGGGCACCACAUAUGUAUACGAUGUCCCUGAGAUGUUCAGACAGGCAUUAUUCAAGCUUUGGGUUCCUGGAGACAAAUGUCCUAAAGACGUGCUGAUCUGCACGGAGCUCGUUCUGGACCCGGAAGGUCGACUUGUUCAGAUGAACCGGCAGCCUGCAGAUAAUGACGUGGGAAUGGUGGCCUUUAGGAUGAAGAUGAAGACCCCAGAGUACCCCGAAGGCAGAGACAUUAUUGUGAUCUGUAAUGACAUCACUCACAUGAUCGGCUCGUUUGGUCCUCAGGAGGACGAGCUGUUCCUCAAGGCAUCAGAGCUGGCCCGGGCUGAGGGAAUCCCCCGCAUUUACAUCGCAGCCAACAGCGGAGCUCGCAUCGGACUCGCAGAAGAGGUCAAACAUAUGUUCCAGGUGGCCUGGAUUGACCCUGCGGAUCCCUACAAGGGUUUCAAAUAUCUUUACCUGUCACCCCAGGACUACACCCGGAUCAGCUCCACCAACUCCGUUCACUGUCAGCAUGUAGAGGAAGGAGGAGAGUCCAGAUACAUUAUCACUGACAUCAUUGGGAAAGACGAAGGUCUUGGUGUUGAGAACCUGCGAGGUUCAGGUACUAUCGCAGGGGAAUCUUCUCAGGCCUACGAAGAAAUCAUCACCAUCAGUAUGGUGACGUGUCGAGCUAUAGGAAUCGGAGCCUAUCUGGUCCGUUUGGGGCAGCGAGUGAUCCAGGUGGAGAACUCCCACAUCAUCCUGACCGGAGCUGGUGCUCUUAACAAGGUUCUGGGUAGAGAGGUCUACACCUCCAACAACCAGCUGGGGGGAAUUCAGAUCAUGCACAACAACGGUGUCACACACACAACUGUCCCUGAUGACUUUGAGGGUGUCUUCACCAUCCUGAAGUGGCUUUCUUACAUGCCAAAGAACAACCACUCCCCCGUCCCUGUUAGAGCAACCACAGACCCAGUAGACAGAGAGAUAGAGUUUGUUCCUACUAAGGCCCCUUACGACCCCCGCUGGAUGCUGGCUGGCAGGCCUCACCCCAUGUCAAGAGGUGUGUGGCAGAGUGGAUUCUUUGACCACGGCUCUUUCAUGGAGAUCAUGGGGUCCUGGGCUCAAGCUGUCGUCGUAGGAAGAGCAAGGUUGGGAGGAAUCCCCCUCGGUGUAAUUGCUGUUGAAACACGCACGGUUGAGCUCACCAUCCCUGCAGAUCCUGCAAACCUGGAUUCAGAAUCUAAAGUUCUGCAGCAGGCUGGCCAAGUUUGGUUUCCAGAUUCUGCUUUCAAAACAGCUCAGGCGAUUUGUGACUUUAACCGUGAACAUCUGCCUCUCAUGGUCUUUGCCAACUGGAGAGGCUUCUCCGGGGGGAUGAAAGAUAUGUAUGACCAGGUGCUGAAGUUUGGAGCCUAUAUUGUGGACGCUCUGCACACUUUUCACCAGCCAGUGUUGGUGUACAUCCCACCCUAUGCAGAGUUGAGAGGAGGAUCCUGGGUGGUAAUAGAUCCCACCAUCAACCUGCUGUGUAUGGAGCUCUAUGCUGAUAGGGAGAGCAGAGGUGGCGUGCUGGAGCCUGAGGGCACAGUGGAGAUUAAAUUCAGGAGAAAGGACCUACUAAAAACAAUGAGGAGACUCGAUUCAGUCUACGCCAGUCUGGUUGAGAACCUCUCUUCUCCAGAACUGUCUGACAAGGAGAUCAAAGAAUUGGAGAAGAAGCUUAAAGCAAGGGAGGAAUUCCUGUUGCCCAUCUACCACCAGGUGGCAGUGCAGUUUGUCGAUCUGCACGACACUCCGGGCAGAAUGCAGGAGAAAGGGGUGAUCACUGAUAUUUUAGACUGGAAGCAGGCGCGGACGUUCUUCUACUGGCGUCUGCGGCGGCUCCUGUUGGAGCAGGUGGUCAAGUGUGAGAUCAUGGAGGCCAACAAGGAUCUCAGUGACGGACACAUGCAGUCGAUGCUGCGGAGAUGGUUCGUUGAAACGGAGGGAACAGUCAAGGCUUACCUUUGGGAUAACAACCAAGCAGUGGUGGAGUGGCUUGAGAAGCACUUGUCCACAGAGGACGGCACCCGCUCAGUCAUUCGAGAAAAUAUCAAGUACUUGAAAAGAGAAAAUGCUUUAAAGCAUAUUCGUGGCUUGGUGCAGGCCAACCCUGACAUAGCAAUGGACUGCAUCAUCCACAUGAGCCAGAACAUUUCUCCCUCCCAGAGGGCCUCGUUGUCGCAUCUGCUUGCGACGAUGGACACCACCAGCACCAGUCCCAGUUAAGCUCUUGGACUUUACCAGGUUGUGUUGUUAAAAACAACAAAAUAUUUUUUGUAAUAAGUUGUACUGUUGAAAGUUGCAAGCACAGAGUCGCUUUAGUGUCGAAAGGUCCAGGACGUAAAGCUAAUCGAACAUUAUUGGGGAUUUCAGCACUGAAGUACUUGUAUUGCUUUUGUACCAAAAAAAAAAAACAAACGCACAAGGACAGUGUUAGAAAGUCUGAGCUGUUGAGUCACCUUUUAAUGUUCGCCACGAUCCACAAGUAUGUUAGUGCCUUUUUAUGUUUAAAUGAAUUGUUCAGACAUAUUACCGUUUCAGUCCAGGAAGCCUUCUUCUCCAUUCAACAGCCUGACACUGUAAUGCACACUUCACUUUGCUGUAUUUAGCAUAUCAGGGCUCUAUGUUAUGACUUGAAGUCAAUGACGUUUUGAAUUUUUGGAUUGCCUGAAGCAUAUUGGGGCUUUAUAAAAUACAAAUAACUUUAGUUUUGGCCUCCAGUUAUUGUUUCUAGUUAAACCUAUAAUAUAACGUGAGUGUUUGUCUUUAAAUGUUUAUAGAUACAAUAUAAGGUCAGAUGCCGCUCUUCGGACUGUUUUAAUAACACUUUUGAAAAAAGUGUGUCAAAGAAAAUGUCAAAGUCAAUCAAUUUUUUUUCUCUUGUUUGGAAUAUGAAAUAUGAAGAUAUAGAAAUUAUAAAAAUGUAAUUAUUGAUGAUUGUUUUCAGAACAUUGUAUAUCAUACCGUUUCUAUUGAUUCUGGUUCUCGUAUCAUUUGGAGUAGUGAACUCUGUUGGCAAAAUAAAAAUGGCUUCACGACAACAUAA